AUGGCUAUGCUACUUGACAUGCCUGUCAUUUUGUUAUUUGAUACUGGCGCUUCACAUUCUUUUAUAUCGGACUCUUGUGUUGAUACCUUGAAACUGCGUACUGAACCAGCUGAAUAUAAAAUUAAGGUAACCUCACCCGUCGGAGGAAUUAUAGAAAUCACUCGAACUUGCUCGAACAUAGAAGUUUUAUUGGGGGAACAUAGGAUCCUAGUUAGUAAUUUGAAGGUCUUGAAAAUGUGUGAUGCUGACCUUAUACUAGGAAUGGAUUGGUUGGCCGAAAACCAUGUCACCAUCCAAUACAAAGAAAGAAAAUUUUUCUUUCAAAACACAAGCGAAGAACGAACAAGCUUCUAUGGGGUCACCAUGAAUAAACGAAAAUCCAUAAUCUCUGCCUUACAAGCAACAACAUUAAUAAGAAAAGGGUAUCCCGCUUACCUCGUUUACCUGAACGAGGAACAUAAGAAAAAAAUAGAAAUCGGGGAUGUGAAUGUCGUGUGUGAGGUUCCAGACGUGUUUCUUAAUGUUCUACCUGGGUUACCACCUGAUAGACAACUAGAAUUUAACAUUGAUUUGGAACCUGGAUUUGCCCCAAUAUCAAAAGCACCAUACCGGAUGGCGGCAAAGGAAUUGGGAGAACUCAAGAUACAGUUACAGGAACUCAUGGAUCUAGGCUUUAUCAGACCUAGCACUUCACCAUGA